AUGGACAUGGGCCAAGCUCUAUUUUGGUGUUGUUACAAUGCUAAUGUUGAUCACUGUGUAUUUUUAAAUAACACUGCAGCAUGGAUGUUUUAUAUUGAAAGAGAAGGUUACACAUUGACUAUUACUGAUUCAUGUAUUCAAUCGAAUUCAAAAACGGGACAAGGAGCUCUUAAAUUAAUAAUUGAAAGCACUCCUCAUUUUGAUUCAGAAAAUUGUUUCAUAGGAUCCAAAGUAAUGUCUGCUAAAGGUUCUUAUUUUUGUGCACUUGCAGAAUCUUCAAUUGCACUCUUUACAAAGAAGCAUUAG